UUUUGAUGUCUAGCUUUGUUGGGUGUGUGAUUUUGGGUUAUGGGUAGAAUUUUCCAGAGGUGUCAAUUAGGGUUCUGCAGCACCCGAAGUAUCGUGACGGGGUUAUGCUCCCCUGCGUUGGUGCCUCCCGUAGCUCACAACUGAAAUUCUGGGUCGUGGUAUGUGAUGUAGAUGCACGGUAUGUAGAUCUGUGGCAGGAUUCGUGGCGUGGGAGCUUAGGGUGGAGCUAUUUGGAAGGGCUGGGUCGAAAUGGAAAUGUAGAGUGCGGAGUUUUGAUGAAGAGGGGUGUUGUUGAAGCGGAGGUAUUCAUUUCGUGGAGGACGAAUUUGGGUUGGUGUUGAUUGAGAGAGAGGGACACGAUGAUUUUGAGACAGCCCAACUGGGCGCAGGACUUGCUCGCCGCGCAGGCAGCGGGUCCAGAAGUCGUAGGGCGUCAGCAGCAACAGCAAUCGCCGGUGAUGGAGCUUGUUGUGGCUCUCUCGGACCAGCGCAUGUACCGGGAAGUGGCUUGGUCGCUGAGGAGAGGCCUGCGGGAUGCGCGAUCGGAGUUUGCCUUCGUGCGAGAGCGUGGUUUGAAUGCCCUUGCCAAGUUCAUGUCCUCUGCUGUGAACUCCGAGAAGGUGAUCGAGCUUUUUCGAGACAGCCAGAGCUGCCGAGAGCUUCAAGUUGUGCCGGUGUUAUUCGAUUACGCAUUGGCUCCACGGAAGCGAUUGGUCAAGAACCUCAAUAUCUCCGCAGGUGCAGAAGCUGGUUUGGAUGUGGAGAUUUCUUCCACCACUGCGGAAGUGGUUCUUGCACUUCGUGUGUUGGAAGGCUGCUGCCUGCUUUACAGUGGUUGCCGAACCACUGCGUCGCAGCAUGCAGCUGUUUCGGAGGUUAUUGACUUAUUCUUAGCUGGAGGAUCACCAGUACAGAGUGCCUGCCUGGAUGGAUUGCUUGCUAUCAUGCUGGAAUCUCCGUCCAACCAGAAGGAGUUUGAACGGGUGCAUGGCCUUCGCAAAAUUGCUGAAAUGCUUAGAAACAGUCAUCUGGAUCCCAGCAUUCGAUUGAAGAUUGCAGAGUUUAUUGUAAUCUUGAUGAGUCAAAUCCUGCCUAGUUCGAAUAGAGGCUUUGGUCUAGGAGAAGGCCCAAAACCAGCAUGGAUGACCAAAUGGGCACAACAAGAACUUAUCGAGGUUCUAGGCAAAGAGUGUAGUGCAGUCGUAGAUGACAUUAUUGAUGCUGGCCGCCAGACAUACCUCGACAAAGAUGGCCAGCAAACGGCCAUGCUUCGGUAUGCUCAAGAGCUUCUACAGUUAGCUAGCUGAUUUCAGGCCUGAAAUCAUCCCUUGAAGUGAAUCAUAACCAGCAAUCUGUACUUUAUUGAUUCAGUUGCACAACAUAUGUACAUCUCUGAUACCAACGUGGAAGUCGGAUAUUUCCAGAAGAGUGUAUCUUGUUUUAAAACACAUUUUCGACCCACCAUUUAUA